GGCGGAGACCCCCCGCGCGCGUCCCGGGCUACAGCGGCAGCGGCGGGUCCGCGAGACCCCGAGCCCCGCGGGCGAGAGCGUGCGUGGCGCGCACCGCAGUCGCAGUCGGCGCGGCCGGUCCCGCCCCGGUCCCGCCCCGGCCGGCGCGCGCGUCGCGCACUCGGGCUUCGGGCACCGCAGCGCGGCGUGAGCCUGCGGAGAGCCCGCCGGGGACGCCCGAGCUGCGUGUCUGCCUUUGCAGCCGCCGACCGCCACCAUGGCCCGCGGGAAAGCCAAGGAGGAGGGCAGCUGGAAGAAGUUUAUCUGGAACUCGGAGAAGAAGGAGUUCCUGGGCCGAACCGGCGGCAGCUGGUUUAAGAUCCUCCUGUUCUACGUGAUAUUUUAUGGCUGCCUGGCUGGCAUCUUCAUCGGAACCAUCCAGGUGAUGCUGCUGACCAUCAGCGAACUGAAACCAACCUACCAGGACCGGGUGGCCCCGCCAGGACUAACACAGAUUCCUCAGAUCCAAAAGACUGAAAUUUCCUUUCGUCCUGCUGAUCCCAAGAGCUAUGAGGCCUAUGUGCUGAACAUAUAUAGGUUCCUGGAAAAGUACAAAGAUGCGGCCCAGAAGGAUGACAUGAUUUUCGAAGAUUGUGGCACUGUGCCUAGUGAACCCAAAGAACGAGGAGACUUUAACCAUGAACGGGGUGAGCGUAAGGUCUGCAGGUUCAAACUUGAAUGGCUGGGAAACUGCUCUGGACAGAAUGAUGAUAGUUACGGCUACAGAGACGGCAAACCCUGCAUCAUCAUAAAGCUCAACCGAGUUCUGGGCUUCAAACCAAAGCCUCCCAAGAAUGACAGUUCGGAGACUGUGGAGAUCUACUCCACGAUGAAAUACAACCCCUACGUUCUGCCGGUUCAGUGCACUGGCAAGCGAGAAGAAGAUAAGGAUAAAAUUGGAAGUGUGGAAUACUUUGGACUGGGCGGAUACGCUGGGUUUCCUCUGCAGUAUUAUCCCUACUAUGGCAAACUCCUGCAGCCCAAGUAUCUGCAGCCCCUGCUGGCCGUGCAGUUCACCAACCUCACCACGGACACUGAAGUUCGCAUUGAGUGUAAGGCGUACGGUGAGAACAUUGGGUACAGUGAGAAAGACCGCUUUCAGGGACGCUUUGAUGUAAAAAUUGAAGUUAAGAGCUGAUCACAAGCACAGAUCCUCCCCUCUAGCCAUUUAAUAAGUUAAAAAAUUACAAAAACAAAAACCUACUAGUCUUGAACAAACUGUCAUACGUAUGGGACCUACACUUAAUCUAUAUGCUUUACACUAGCUUUCUGCAUUUAAUAGGUUAGAAUGUAAAUUUAAAGUGUAGCAAUAGCAACAAAAUAUUUAUUC